UUCGCCAGAAACACCGUCCAAAGAUAAAGAUUAAACAUCAGAAAUUGUCACCCAACGGCGACUUAGAAGCCACCUGCCACAGUGCUGCUGCCUACCCCGCCCCAUAUCUCACUUGGCUCAUCAAUAACGUGAAGAUUUGGGCGCAAAUAUACGCUAGUGGUAGUUAA